UGUUGGUAGAGGGUGUUAUAAUUUUGGGAAACAUGCGAAAAAAGUAAUUUUUCAGAUCGAAAAAUAUUUAAAUAUUUACUAAUAUGUGAAUUUGAAAACUGGAAAUUUCGACAUUUACGACUUUCUCUAGCUUGUAGCGAUGUCUUUUGCCAAAUUCAAAAAUUUCUCAAAAUCAGAAAUAUUUUUCAUCAUUCUGAUAACCGUGUCGAUAAAAUCGCUUGCGUCCUCCAAUCUCAACCCCGAAAUUGAUAAUGACUGUCCGGGUUUCUCUUGUCCAAAAAUCCUCUGCGAUCUGAAGCGCAAAAAUGUGCAAGAUUUUUGUGAGAAUGUGCAAUGUUUUGGAAUUGAGGUGACGAGCUGUGCGAAUAUUACCCACGCCUCAGACAAGGGGAUGCUAAUCUAUGAAGAACGAUUAACAAUGUGUGGAUGUUGUCCGGGUUGUGCAAAGUAUCAGGGCCUUGAUGAAAAAUGCGAGCAAUAUCCUCUCCCUCCCACGCCAGACCCGGCUUGUACAGGAAUUGUAUGCCCAAUUUUGAUGAACACGUGCGCCCCCGGUCUGAUUUGUCCGCUGGUUGGUCCGAAUGCGAAAAAUUGCAGUUACAACUCCACUUCGCCGGAAGAAUCUGCCAAAUUGACCUCGUGCGGCGAUAAGCGCGCCCUCGCACUCCACGACGACCUCCACUGGACCCCGCAAUGUGAGAAGGACGGGUCGUACAGCCCGAAGCAGUGCAAAGGGUUGCGCGCUAAUGGAAUCUGCUUCUGCGUGAGUAAAGAAGGUGACCGCAUUUUCGGGACGGAAAAUCGACGCCAAGCGGAAAAUCAGACGUGCGCAUGUAGUCGGCAAGUCCACGAGCUUCGUGAAUCCGGUCACAUUGCCUCGUUUCACUGCACACCCGACGGAAACUAUGAGCCCCUCCAAUGCGACACGGACUCUGCCCUUUGCUACUGCGUGGAACCUAAAACCGGGAAAAUGACGGGGGCCGUCCUGCCGGAAAACGAGUGGAAAAAGCUGCCCUGUUUUUCCCUCAAUUUGACCAACUCUAAUCCCAAGUUCGGCUAUUACCGGGUGUGCGAGAGCGAAUGGGCGCCCGCACAAAAGUUGUCGCUUGAAGCGUCCCUUCACGGCUUGGAUGUCUGGUCAGGAAGGAGGCUCAAUUGCGAUUUCGAUGGGAGUUACGCCCCCGUGCAGAACAUCGAUAAAAUCACGAAAUGCGUCAACAAAGAUAGCACGCUCAUAGCUGCAUAUCACGAUACAGAGGGCAAAUUCGACACAGAUUGUCAAUGCGCCCGAGACGCAAUAAAAUCCUCGCAGGAAGGGAUCACGUUCGGGAAAAGGUGUGCCGCUACCGGAAAUUACGACAUGAUUUCACCCAUCGACCAAACCCAGCCACGCCGUUGGCGCUGCGUGGACCGAGAUGGAAUAUUUUUUGGGGAGGAUACCCCCGUCGAUGAUAAGUACAAAUGCUGCCUUUACGGGAAUUUGGUUACUUAUCCGCCCAGAAAUUGUGACAAGGAGCCGAUCGAGGUUCAAGAACAGUGCUACGAUCCGACGAAGGAUGACGAAUGGAAUGUAAACAAGACGAAGCCGUGCUAUUUUUGGGCGACGUAGUGGACGAAACAAUUAAAUAAUAAACCCAUAUUUUUCGCGUGUGUCAUCAGUUUCUAAAUAAAUUCAUAGAGAUUAAUCAUGUA